UCUCUCUCUUGUAAAAACACAGAGGCAGCAGUAGUGUCCCUCCCUCUCUCUCUCUCUCUCUCUCUCGUGUUUCAUAGAAAGAAUGAGCGGCGGCGGUGGUGGCGGGUCUAGGGUUCCGAUCCCCAACAAUGUACGGAGUACCAUCAUUGACAUCAGAGAGAUCACCGGAAAACAGCACACCGACGAUGAAAUCUAUGCCGUCCUUAAAGAAUGUUCCAUGGAUCCCAAUGAGACCGCUCAGAAGCUUCUCUAUUUAGAUACUUUUCAUGAGGUAAGAAGGAGGCGCGACCGGAAGAAAGAAGUAUUGAGCAGCAGGGUUUCUGAGGAGUCUAGAUCAAGGCAACGUGGACAGGGGAGGGGGGCACGGGGAGCUUCAGGAGGCUAUUCCUCAAACUUUUUUGAUGGUGGUGGCGGGAGGAACUUUGCUAAUCGAAGGGAAAAUGGUGUCCAUCAUAUUGCAGAGAGAACUAAUGCUUCCUCUACACAGUCAGAUUUACAGAAGAUAACUAAUACACCACCUCAAGCCUCAAGGGGUUCAGCUGUUGCACCCCAUAAUGCUGCAAAUCCAUCCAAUGGGAAGUCUGGUCAUGGUUCUUCUAACCAAUCUCUCACAGGUAGUGUAGUGAGUGUCCCUAAAACCAGUUCAGCUGCUAAUGACACUGUCAAUCAAGAAAAUGUCCAACCUCAAGCUGUUGUUGCAACCAUUUCCCUUAACGAAACCGUCGGCUCAAUUACAAGAACUGACCAAAGUAAAUCUUCAAGUUCCGACCAAGGAAAAUCUUCAAGUUCUGACCAAGGAAAAUCUCUAUCAAGUUCUGACCAAGGAAAAUCUCUAUCAAGUUCUGAUCAACAUCCAAUUUCUAUAUCUGGGGUUUAUUCCUCUUCAGAUUCCAUGCUUGCACCAUCUAUCGCCCAGAAUCCUGGCGUUGGUGGUGCCAUCAGUAGGGAAGUAGGGUGUGACUUGAUAUCUGCUGGGCCAAAUCAUGUUAAAGGAAACAAACUCGAAGAAGCUGGUGAUUUAUCAGCAUCUGAGAAAGAAAAGUCCCGGUCAAUGAUUUCAACAAGCAACCCAAAUGCCUUACAGAAGUCAAAAGAAGUUGAAAGUAACCAGUUAUCUGAGCCCUUGCAACUCUCAUCCUCUUUAUCAUUGAAUAGCUCUUUGAGACCACCUCAAGAUGUUUCUGAAACAGCCAAUGUCACAGAAGUCUCAGCUUCAGAAGCUCAUGUGCAAUCAACUGAGUUGAGGCCACAUGUUACUUUUCCAAACCAUUUCCAAGUGCCCGAGGCUUUGAAAAGCGGUCUGACAUUUGGAAGCUUUGAUAAUUUUGGUACAAGUGAAAGAUCUUAUAAUGUAACUGGUUGUGAGAAUAGUACCUCUUCCACUCCUGAAACUUCUCCAGGGAAUGAUGAAGCUGCUACUUCUAGCAACCAAAGUGUGCCAUUGAUUGAGCAUGGAGGUCAUGUUGAUUAUGCACAUUCUUCAUCUUAUCUAGUUAAAACGACACUGGCUUCAGAUGGCAUUUCUAUAACUGAUAAUGAUUCAAAGAUUGAGCAGCCAAAGCAGGAGGUAUUGUUAACUCCCGAGGGCCAUCCGAUUCUGACUGUUCAAAGUGCUCAAAACUAUGGUUUGAAUUUAAUGUCUACCAUGUUAGGGACUCAGCAAGUUCAAUUUGACGGUAGUGAGCUUCAGGCCCAAGAAACAUCACACUUACCUUCAUUUGUUACUGCAAGUUCUCAGGCGGUGUCCCCCAGCCCAACCCCACCUCUACAGAGCAAUAUACCUCCACAGCCGGUUUCUUAUUUUAGGCCACCAUACCCAGCUAACUUCUUCCCAUAUGGCCCCUAUUACCCCCCAAUUUACUUGUCUCCGAUGCAUCAAUUUCUAAGCCACAAUGGUUUCCCUCAGCAGCCAUCAGCUGGCAACAUGUAUCUACCAGCCGCCACUGCAGCUUCUGGAGUCAAAUUCCCUCUACCACAAUUUAAGACUGGAGCAAACACAGGAAAUAUGGCUCAUAUUGGAAUUCCUUCUGGAUCAUUAAUGUCUCCACCUGUUGGGUAUGCUCCUACUCCAACAGUGAAUACUGGAAGCUCCGCCGGAAAUGAAAAUCCUGCAGUGUCUCAGUUGAAAGAAAACCAGAUCUAUACAACUGCACAACUGAGUGAAGGUUCUGCUGUGUGGAUACAUGCACCAGGCCAAGAUAUAUCCGGUUUGCAACUUAAUUCUCUAUAUAACCUUGCCCACCAGGGACAGCAUCUCACCUUCCCCCAGACACAGGCUGCUCCCGGAGCAUUUCCUGGUAUCUAUCAACCAGGGCAGACUGUAGCUUCACCUUCUACCCUCUUGCAGCAGUCUCAAGCCAUUGCUGGGCCUGUUGAAAAUGUAGGCCCUCCUCCCGGAUCUUAUCAGCAGCCUUCACCCGCACAGAUCAGUUGGAAUUCUAAUUUUUAGGAUGGAAAACAUUUUCUUGAUACCAUAAUUUUCAAAUGCAAAAUGUUCUCAAAUCCACGAAGAAUGAAUAUUGGCCUGAUCUGAAGUGUAAAUAACAAAUGCGGCCAAAAAAUGAGAAAAGAAAGUUAGUAAAUGUUGUUGAUGCUGAUGGUUUUAGUUGCAGGUUUUUGGUUUUAUUUAUAUUUUUAGAGGCUUCAGGUUAUUCAUGCCUCACAUGUUCUUUUGCCCCUUAGAAACAUGUAGUUGUUGCUAUAAGGACCUUAGUAAUAGUUCAAUAGAGUUGGUGAGAUUUUUCAAUUUUUCCGUUCUCAAUUCUCACCUGUAUACUACAUUUUGAUAGCUUAAGACAUUGGAUUAUACUGUCAUAAUAUAUGGUUAUUGAUUAUGCAGCAUCUAUUUUUAUUCAGCAA